AUGAAGGGCUUCAGGCAACGAGUCUCUGAACAGCUCUCUCGAAGCAAGGACAGCAAGUCCUCGAAGAAGAAAGACUCGACCUCUGGCACCGCCUCGCCCUCUCUCGGUUCCUCCAAUUCGCCCUCGGGCUCAGCCCAAGCUACCCCUUCUUCGUCGCAGACCCAGCUCACCGAUGCGCGCAACAAGAUCCAGCCGGCCGUGGAAGCCCCUGCAGGCCAUGCGGGCCCGUCGCAACCAAAUCCACAACCCGUCUCUGGCUCGCUCGCGGCAGGGCCACAGUUUGGACAGCAAGGCGUCAUGAGUCCUGCCGUUGCUGGUAACGCUGGCGCUGCCGGCCCAGGCACUCCUUCCCGGCUUGGGCAGCCGCUGGCACCCAGUGUUAUUAUCAGCCCUAGCGCUCCUCACAUUCCUCCCCCAGGCGCUGCUGAGACGAUGCCCGGCGAUCUUGCGCCUCCCAAGGCGGGCCAAAAGUCUCUCAUCUUCGACCGCUUGCAGGCCACGCCCAAGGACAACAUUGAGGGCUUGAGGACACCCAAGAGGCAACAUUCGUCACGAUUCGACAUCUCAGAUCAACGUCAGCGAGAGCUUGAGAAGCUGCCUGGGUUCCAUGAAGUGCCUCCAAACAAGCGUGAGGAGCUCUUCAUGCAGAAGAUCGACCAAUGUAACAUCAUAUUCGACUUCAACGACGCAAGUGGCGACAUGAAGUCCAAGGAGAUCAAGCGCUUGGCCUUGCACGAGCUUCUCGACUAUGUCGCCAACAACAGACAGGUCAUCACGGAAAAGAUGUACCCCCGAGUAGUUGAGAUGUUUGCCAAGAACCUGUUCAGGCCCAUUCCGCCGCCCAUGAAUCCACAAGGCGAGGCUUUUGAUCCUGAUGAGGACGAGCCAGUUCUCGAGGUCGCAUGGCCACAUAUUCAGGUCGUUUACGAAUUCUUCCUUCGAUUCAUAGAAAGUCAGGACUUCAACACCAAUAUCGCCAAGGCAUACAUAGACCACAGUUUUGUUCUCAAUCUUCUCGAAUUGUUCGACUCUGAGGAUCCCCGAGAGCGCGACUUCCUGAAAACCACACUGCAUCGCAUCUACGGGAAGUUUCUCAAUCUCCGCUCCUACAUUCGACGCUCCAUCAACAAUGUCUUUUUCCAGUUCAUCUACGAAACAGAACGCUUCAAUGGAAUCGCCGAGCUCUUGGAGAUUCUUGGAUCGAUUAUCAACGGUUUUGCCCUACCGUUGAAGGAAGAACAUAAGCUCUUCCUCACACGAGUGCUCAUUCCAUUACACAAAGUGAAGAGUCUGAGCAUGUAUCACCCUCAGUUGGCGUACUGUAUUGUCCAGUUUUUGGAAAAGGAUGCCGCCUUGACAGAAGAGGUUGUCCUCGGGCUACUACGCUACUGGCCCAAGGUGAACAGCACCAAAGAAGUCAUGUUCCUGAACGAGGUCGAGGACAUCUUCGAGGUCAUGGAUCCUGCCGAAUUUGCAAAGGUCCAGGAGCCAUUGUUCAACCAGUUGGCCAAGUCUGUUGCCAGCCCUCACUUCCAGGUUGCCGAGAGGGCACUUUACUUUUGGAACAAUGAAUACUUCUGCAACCUCGUCAGUGACAAUGUCGAGGUCAUUUUACCCAUCAUGUUCGCGCCUCUCUAUGAGAAUUCCAAGGGACAUUGGAACAGGACCAUUCACGGUAUGGUAUACAAUGCCAUGAAACUUUUCAUGGAAGUCAACCCUCAAUUAUUCGACGAUUGUUCCCAUGAUUACGCCGAAUCGCAAAACAAUGCUGGUCAAAGACAGCAAAGUCGGCAGGAUCGGUGGGACAAGCUCGCGAAGCUUGCGGAAGCGCGCCAGAAUGGGACAGUAGAGAAGGCAGCAGUCAACCCGGCGACUGCUGCGUCGCCCAUGCGCUUAGAUGAUUCCGACCCGCUCAGUCAAGGGCGACUGGAAAACCUCCGUCUGCAAGACGACGGCGGCGCCGCCCCGAGAGACAGGCGGCCCAAGGAAUAUGAGCGCCAGAGUAGUCAAACCUCGGUUUUUUAUUUCUUCUUCCUUCCCUUGUUCAAGAGUGUGUUUGCAUUUUGGGUUCACAGGUGGAUUGAUCUGACGUCUCGUGCUUUGCGUCUUUGCAGCGCCGGCAUCACACAUCGCAGGAGCAUCACGUAUCCAGUGCUCGGCGCCCGGCUGGUCGACCGCGGAGCAACAGCCGUCCUAAUUCUUCUGGCAACCCUGUUGUCGCUUCUCGGGCGCCCAGCGGACGUGCAAGAGCCAACUCUGGUGGUGGCAGCAUUCCGAAAGUGGGUUGAUUACGGGUUCAUUACUUUGGCUACAUAG